ACUCACUAAACAAGCAUGCUGUUGCAGGUCAGGAACGGACACAUAAAGCGCAUCACAGACAAUGACAUCCAGUCUUUGGUUCUGGAGGUGGAGGGGACGAAUGUGAGCACCACCUACAUCACGUGUCCCGCCGACCCCAAGAAAACCCUCGGCAUCAAACUGCCCUUCCUCGUCAUGAUCAUCAAGAACCUCAAGAAGUAUUUCACGUUCGAAGUUCAGGUACUGGACGAUAAGAACGUGCGGCGGAGGUUCAGGGCGAGUAACUAUCAGAGCACGACCCGCGUGAAGCCCUUCAUCUGCACGAUGCCCAUGCGGCUGGACGACGGCUGGAAUCAGAUCCAGUUUAACCUUUCAGACUUCACACGCCGGGCGUACGGCACCAACUACAUCGAGACGCUGAGAGUGCAGAUUCACGCAAACUGUCGCAUCAGGAGGGUGUAUUUCUCUGACCGGCUGUACUCUGAGGACGAGCUCCCCGCUGAAUUUAAACUCUAUUUACCAGUACAAAACAAAGCAAAGCAGUGACACAGCAGAUGGGAUUCCUCUCUUUCUUUUAUCUACACACGUUCAUAUAGGAUGGAUUUCUAGUGGCACUGUCUUUUUGUUGUUUUUCGGAUCUAUGUGAUUGGUUUCCAUCUGCUGAAUAAAUAUUUUAUAUGCACAAAGUGAA